GAGCUGUUCUCAUACAUCUUGUCCCUACCCUCUCCCGUGCCGCAGUCACUCCUGGCGUCUCCCCUGGGAUGCUGCUGCUGCUUUCGCACCCUCAGCGUCUUCGAUAGGCACGUGUUGCUGCGGCUGCUGCCUCUGCAGCAGUCUGUCUCCGAGAGAGCCAUGCGCCUGUGGGUCUCCCCUAGCAGCGUUGCUGAGCUCAGGAGGGCAUUACAGCGCCUCACUGCUGCGCGAUUCAUUCGAGCUAUCGAGCCAGCACCUCCCCCGAUCCCGUUAACGGCUUCUGAGGCUGGAAGUACUCCUGCAGAUGCAGCUGGGGACGGUAAGCCAGCUGCGCGAGGGGCACUUAAGCCGCAAGCCCUCAGCAGCACGGCCAGCUCCACCACAAAGCAGCAGCAGCGGCUCACGCAGUAUGCACUGACCCCUGCAUUUCGGAAAACACUCCUGCAACUCCUCCUGGAAGGGCCUCCAAGGGCCCCCCUGCCCUUCCUUGUGCUCCCCCGUAGGGAGGCGUUCCCCUCCAAACAGGUGCUGCUGCUGCACAGUCAGAGACAGUGGGAACGGCUGCUGCAAUUCGUUGUUAGAGCCUCGGAAAGAGGUUCGCAGGGGCGCAACAACCCGGAUGGACCCUCCCCAGAUCUCCUGGCAAUCCUCCGUCGCAAGCGGCUGCUGUGUCGAGAGAGCACCUCCAAGAGUUCGAUGCAGCAGCAGCAACAACUGCAGCAACAACUGCAGCAGCAGCAGCAGUACUUCCCAGGUACCCCGGGGAAUACCACCACGAGCAGCAGCAGCAGCAGCAGCAGCAGCAGCAGCAGCAGCAGCAGCGGAACGGGAGGCCCCGACUACGUAAUGGCACGAGAAGCGUUUUCCUGGUUGUUAAAGGAUUUAAGGGCCCAGCUGUGCUCUCUGUUGCACGAGUUUCUUUAUCUCAUUGAUGGGGGCCUGCUCAGUAACGCUGCCCAUGAAGCAGCUCUACGGAGCAGUGUCGGCAGCAGCAGCAGCAAAAGGAGUUCUAAGAGGGCACACAGCAGCAGCAGCAGCAGCGCGAAUAGCAGCAGGCCGGGAACAGGCGCAGAGGGGGAGGUGGAAUCUCCUGCAGGAGCAUCUGCAGCUCUCCUGGAGGCUACACAGCAAGACAUGGAAGAAACCUUGUUGCUGCUGACGGCGAUGGCGGAGAGCUGCAUUGGGCAGCCUUUUUCGCUUGCCCACAUCACACCGCCUCAACGCCGUCUGAUGAGUCUCUGCAUUGACUUGGGCAUUGCCUGGGCCCCUCCGGGGGCCCUCCGCGCCUCGGGAGCCGCAGGAACCUCCGGGAAGGAAAAAGGCAAGAAUAAGGUGUCUGUACAGCAGCAGAAGACCAGCCCCUUGCCGGAGGGUGCCUUAUACGCUUUUGCAGCUCCGUAUGCACUUCUUAUUCGGAAGGAUGAUCAUAAUCAGCAUGAUGCCCUAGUUCACCACGGGGGCUUCCAGUCCAGGAGAACGAGGGUGGGUACUCCUCGUGAAACAGAAGACAAGCCUAUGGGUAGCCAGCAGGGGAACCCACGCUCCGCAGCCUCUUCUGUUUUAGAAGGGCCCUUUCAUCCGUGGCUCGCAUCGGAGAGCAAGGUGAGUGAUGUAUCACUGGAGGGUGCUGCUCGCUUGACACCCUCCAUUUCUGCCUUUGGAUCUUUGGGGCUACAGCCAGCCAUCCUAGUGGAAACAAACUUCAAAGUCUACAUGUACACCGCAUCGCCUUUGCAUGUAUCUGUAUUGUCGCAUUUGUGCGAGCUUACCGCCCGCCUGCCGAACCUGGUAGUGGGACUGUUGACGAGGGCCUCCGUGUUAGGAGCUCUCAAGGCUGGAAUCAGUGCAGAGCAGAUCAUUGGCUUCCUAGAAGCCCAUGCGCAUGCGGUGGCGCUGGAAAAAAAAGCGAAGCACAACAAGCCCAUCAUCCCCGAAAACGUGGCGAUCCAGCUACGCAUGUGGCAACAGGAGCGGCAACGUCUCUCGCUUAUCCCCUCUGUUGUUUUUAAAGGAUGGGAUGCCUCUCUUCUUCCUGAGCUCUUCCAGAGAAGUGUCAGGUGGGCAGUCGCGAAGAACUGCGCUGUCCACUACACCAUGUGGCCUGAAGAUCCACAGAGCCCUGAGUUCGCUCGGUGGAUGGCUGCAGAGAAGUACCUCGCGGUGCAUGCGGAUUCAAAACCAGAGAUUGUGGCACGCAUCAGAGAAAUCCGAGAUGAACUCAUGGCGCAACGGGCCGGAGGACCCCCAUCCUGA